AUGUCCGCACAAGAUUUAGCUGCAGCUGUACUAUUAUUGCUUGUGGCUAAGCGUAAACGUAAACGAACACGUCGUUGGUCGAAAGAUUGGUACUUGAAAAGGCCAAAAUACACUCACGAAAAUCUCUUAAAAGACUUGAUGUUAACUGAGGAAAAUGACUUCAAGAAUUAUGUACGACUGGAUUUGGAACAGUUUCAAGAGCUACUAAAAUUGGUUGCGCAAUUGAUUGAGAAAAAAAAUACAAACAUGAGGGAAGCAAUACCACCUUUUCAACGGCUUUCAAUAACAUUACGGUAUCUAGCCACUGGGAAUACUCUAGAAGAUUUAAAGUUUCACAGUGCUAUUUCCCCACAAAAUCUUUCCCUAAUAAUUAUGGAAACCUGCGAUGCCAUAAUAAAGGUUUUGAAUAAAUUAAUCAAGCUACCACAAACUGCCGAGGAAUGGAAACAAGUUGCCAAGGAUUUUGAGAGCCAGUGGAAUGCUCCUCAUGUAAUCGGUGCUAAAGAUGGCAAGCACGUGGACAUAAAGAAACCUCCUGGUUCUGGAUCAUACUACUAUAACUACAAAAAAACAUUCAGUAUUGUGUUAAUGGCGGUUGUAAAUGCUAACUACGAGUUCAUUAUGGUUGAUAUAGGGACUAAUGGGCGCGUAUCAGAUGGGAGUGUGCUGCAGAAUACAACAUUUGGACAGCAAUUAAAAAAUAACGCUUUAAAUAUUCCACCACCUGAAUUGUUGCCUGGAAGUUUCCGAAAACUUCCAUAUUUUUUUGUUGGAGAUGAUGCCUUUCCAAUGUCUCAAAAUUUACUGAAACCUUAUAUCCAAACUGGAUUAACAAAAGAAAAACGUAUAUAUAACUAUCGAAUAUCGCGAGCUAGAAGGAUGGUUGAAAGUGUUUUCGGUAUACUAGGUACUCGUUUUGGAGUAUUUCAAAGAGCAUUUCCUUUUGAUCCUACAAAAGUAAGAAAAAUUGUUUUGACUUGUUGUUAUCUACACAAUUUUUUGAGGAAAUCCCGUUCCUACUUAUCUCCAUCAUUAAUGUUUCGUGAAGACCACGAAUCAGCAAUAAUACACCCACCAUCUAAAGAAGUAUUUCAGUUGAAACCAUUGGAAAACAUCAAUAAAAAAAAUUCACUGAAUAUCGCAAAACAAGCACGGGACAAUUACAAUUAUAGGGAGUCUUAGGUCAGCCAAUUUAAACAAAGUAUUUACUUUCUCUAACAAUUAUAUAUUACAACAAUUUAUCGUUGUUCCCUCGUUGAGCGCUCCGAACAGAAUGCCUCUCGUUAUUCAGCCGUCCUCAACUAUGAUCAAGUCCUCGCUGUGAUUGGCGAACGCUUCUGAUUGGCUAUCGCAAAUUUAGUCAAAUUUACAUCCAAUAAUCGAAAUAUUA